AUGGUACCUGCAUUAGGUGUGUUGUCAUUUGGGAUAUUGCACAGGGUACCUGCAUUAGGUGCAUCGUCGUUUGGGAUAUUUCACAGGGUACCUGCAUUAGGUGUGUUGUCAUUUGGGAUAUUGCACAGGGUACCUGCAUUAGGUGUGUUGUCAUUUGGGAUAUUGCACAUGGUACCUGCAUUAGGUGUGUUGUCAUUUGGGAUAUUUCACAGGGUACCUGCAUUAGGUGUGUUGUCAUUUGGGAUAUUGCACAGGGUACCUGCAUUAGGUGUGUUGUCAUUUGGGAUAUUGCACAGGGUACCUGCAUUAGGUGCAUCGUCGUUUGGGAUAUUGCACAUGGUACCUGCAUUAGGCGUGUUGUCAUUUGGGAUAUUGCACAGGGUACCUGCAUUAGUUAAUGGAUAUGCCAAAGUUGGAAGAGUGUUGGCUGUUUUGGGGGCAAGUGGAAGUGGCAAGUCUACAUUACUGGAUACGCUAACAUUUCGUAGCGAUGGUAACCUAAGUGUCCAGGGUAAUAUAAUGGCUAAUGGUGAACCUGUAGACAGCUCUAUAACUAGUGUAAUGGCUUAUGUACAACAAGAUGAAUUCUUUAUCACCAAACUCACCGUCAGAGAACAUCUACAAUUCCAGGCUGCCUUAAGAAUGAAUUCUGAAUAUCAUUUCCAUAGUAAACUGGAGAAAGUUGAAAAUCUUCUGGUAGAGCUUGAUUUGAUAGAUUGUGCGGAUACUCUGAUUGGUCAGCCUCAUUGUAAUGGUAUUACAUUAUGUGAAAGAAAAAAAUUGUCUAUUGCAUCAGAGUUGUUGACAAAUCAACCAGUUAUAUUCUAUGAUGAACCAACACAUGGACUUGAUGCAGACGCAGCCAUGGAUAUCAUACAAACACUGAAAGGGUUUGCCAGUAUUGGACAUACUGUUAUUUGUACAUUUCGAAAAACAUCGUCGCAAUUAUAUGGCUUAUUUGACAAUAUAAUGUUGCUGGCUGAUGGUCGGUGUGUAUAUUUUGGCUCUCCAAGUCAAGCAAUACAUUUCUUCUCAACAAUGGGAUAUACAUGUCCCCCAUACUAUUGUCCAGCAGACUAUUUUCUCCACAUACUUGCCACUCUGCCAGACAGUAUUGAGGAACUGUGUAAAAGUUUUGAUAAUUCAUCAUUUGGUUCUAAAGCUUAUGAAACUCGGCAAGAUGAAACAUUUAAAGCUCGUGUCAGAAGAAGCUCAUCAGUUAGAGAUAGACUUCAGAAAAUAAAAUAUUACAACACAGAUUGGUGUACACAGUUUGCAAACUUACUAUGGAGGAAUUUUGUGGCCAUGAAGCGGAGUAUUUUUUUGUUUCAUGUUCAUUUUCUACAUUUAGUUGUGAUAAGAGAAGAGCUACCCCUUAUAGUGUAUGAAAACAAGAUAGGUUUAUAUAGAUUUGAUUCAUAUUUAAUAGCAAGAUAUAUGGCACAGUUGCCUUCCUCUAUUUUAUAUCCCAUAGUAAGCAGUACUAUAGUUUAUUGGAUGACAGGUUUGAAUCCGGGAUGGAGGAAUUACUUUGUGUUUGUUGGUAUCAUUAUUUUAGUAACCAAUGCCGGUGCCUCAUUUGGUUUGUUUUUAUCAGUACUAACGUCUAGUCAGAAUGUGAUUAUAAUUAUAUCUAUGAUAUUUAUAUUGCCAGUACUUACUAUGGGUGGAUAUUUUAUUAACAUUGCAUCCAGUCCUGUUUAUUUAGAAUGGUUAGAGUAUUUUUCUUGGUAUAAAUAUGCGUUUGAAGCUCUAAGUAUUAACCAAUGGAAAGAUCUUGAUGCUAAAGGAUGUAAUUAUUCAAUUAAAGUACAGUGCAUGGAAUCAGGUGAAAAUGUGUUGAAACAGUUAAGCAUUGAUCAGGUUGUUCUGGGAGUGAUAGUUCACAUAUUUAGAAAGUGGGAAUUCAACUUAAAUCUAAAAGUUACCUUGUUAUAUAAAACGCAAUUACUUUCACAAAUAUACAAGUUACCAGGUUAUCUUUAUAUAAAAAUUGAUGCAAGCAUCGUGUUGAAGACUGAAGGCAAGCGAUCUAAAGCUGGUAGAGGUCGCGGAAAGAAGGGAAAAUCCCUUACUGCCGCUUGCGCUAGUGUGUCUGAUUCUAUGAGUGAGAAAUCUUUCCCUACACUUGGUAGUCACCACAAGGCUCCCCUUCGGUCAACAUCUGAGAAUUUGCGAGAGUUGUCACGAUCUGACUCCCUGCUCGAGGUGGCAGGGUCGACGAUUGAGACAAGGCCGUCGAAACAGUUUGCCGUUGAGGUAACGGAAAGGGCGGUUGAUAGCACGGGAACUACGAUGGUGGAUCUGAAUUCUCCCAACACGGAGUUUGCUUCCCCACCGGAUAUUACCGAGGCUAACGAACAUCGGUCAACCGCUUUUGCGGGGAGAUCAGAGUUCCCAGUCACCACGGUGAUGGACAUUGAUAAAUGGCAUGUUCCCUCUGGGGCCCCGACAUCGACACUGAGUCUCGCGGUGAAAUCAGCAUGUCCUUCAGAGACUGAACCGGUUCAACCCACCUGUACUUCACCAUUACCGACGCAGCCUGAGUGCAUUACGCAAUCACAGGGACAGGCCCAGUUACCUCCCUGUACCGGUACUAGUCAAGGUGACAAACGACUCUCCCAGGGUGAAGAGAUGGCUUGA